GCGCCGAGUCAGGCCCUCCGUGCCCGAGGGCCCCGAUCCAAGGGAUCCUUCCCGCUCGGUUCCAGGGACGACCACAUGGCCGAGCUGUUUGCGGUGGUGAAGACCAUGCAGGCCUUGGAGAAAGCCUACAUCAAGGACUGCGUCAACCCCAACGAGUACACCGCCGCCUGCUCCCGCCUCCUGGUCCAGUAUAAGGCUGCGUUCAAGCAGGUGCAAGGCCUGGAGAUCAACUCAAUCGAUGACUUUUGCCGCAGGUUUCGGCUUGACUGCCCACUGGCCAUGGAGAGGAUCAAGGAGGAUCGGCCCAUCACCAUCAAGGAUGACAAGGGCAACCUCAACCGCUGCAUCGCAGACAUUGUGUCGCUCUUUAUCACGGUGAUGGACAAGCUGCGCUUGGAAAUCCGGGCCAUGGAUGAGAUCCAGCCAGAUCUGCGGGAAUUGAUGGAAACCAUGAACCGCAUGAGCCAUUUGCCCCCGGACUUUGAAGGGCGGCAGAAAGUAAAUCAAUGGCUGCAGACACUGAGCGGGAUGUCGGCUUCUGAUGAACUGGAUGAUUCUCAGGUCCGCCAGAUGCUCUUCGAUCUGGAGUCAGCCUACAACGCUUUCAACCGCUUCCUGCACUCGUGAGGCCAAGAGUGGCCGGGCCCGCCUGCCAGGGCUGAGAUACCCAUUCUGCAGAGGGAAAAUGCAACAGGUGCCCUUGGGCUCCACUCUGUGUACACGUGGUCCUGAAGGCUGUUGAGUGUCCGUAUGCCCGUUCCUCCUCUGAGUGCAAGGACUCUACUUUCCCUUCUUUUUGAAAAAGAGGAAGCCCCCUGUCGAUACCUACAUUUUACAACUCUGCUUUCAUUGCAUAGGUUGCAUCGCAGAGAUAGUUACACCAUGGGGGUGGGGCCAUGGACCCAGCCCCUUCUUUUGCAGCCUUGAAUUGGGGAGCAGUAGCUUAUUGGGGGUGCGUGUAUUUAUUUGGGUUUUGCUUUCGCCUCAGAGAGGCAGACGUUCUUCGGUCUGAAGCAAAUAAAAUCUUUCUACAAUUAAA